CUGCGUUUUAAAAUUCUCCUAUGCGCGUGGAAAGUCCUGACGAAUCCCAAAGUUAGUUGAAUUUGCCUCCACGCAACAAAUCUCUGAUUAGAAAUUACAUUUCCGCCGUCAUCGUCGUCGUCGUCGUCGUUCACAGAUGUCUUCCUGAGUCGUAGGGGAGAGAUCGGUUAAUUUCGCCUCGCGCUCAUUCAUCCUCGCCGCCCCCCGCAUCGGAGAAAGUCAUGAACACGCCGCCGAGUCCUCGCGUCGCGCCUUUUGUACAGACGGAGAUUAACUGGGACAAGCUUGACAAGAAGAGGUUUUACGUGGUUGGAGCUGGACUCUUCACUGGCGUUACAGUAGCUCUCUACCCUGUCUCUGUUGUCAAAACACGCCUUCAAGUCGCUUCCAAAGACGUUGCUGAGAGAAGCGCUUUCUCUGUGGUCAAAGGGAUUCUCAAGAACGACGGUGUUCCUGGUCUCUACCGAGGCUUCGGCACUGUUAUCACAGGUGCAGUACCUGCGAGGAUCAUAUUCCUAACUGCUCUGGAGACCACGAAGAUCUCGGCUUUUAAGUUGGUUGCGCCUUUCGAGUUUAGUGAACCUACGCAAGCUGCUAUUGCUAAUGGCAUGGCGGGGAUGACCGCGUCUCUUUUCUCGCAGGCCGUGUUUGUUCCUAUUGAUGUUGUUAGCCAGAAGUUGAUGGUGCAAGGAUACUCAGGUCAUGCUACGUAUACUGGUGGUAUUGAUGUUGCCACGAAAAUCAUCAAGUCGUAUGGCGUGAGGGGGUUAUACAGAGGGUUUGGCUUGUCUGUUAUGACUUAUUCUCCUUCGAGUGCUGCUUGGUGGGCUAGCUAUGGAUCAAGUCAGCGUGUUAUCUGGAGACUCUUAGGCUAUGGUAGUGACUCGGAGGCUACUGUUCCUCCUAGCCAGUCAAAAAUAGUUCUUGUCCAGGCUUUGGGAGGAAUCAUCGCCGGUGCAACAGCAUCCUCGAUCACAACGCCAUUGGAUACAAUCAAAACGCGACUGCAGGUAAUGGGACACCAAGAAAACAGACCUUCAGCGAAACAAGUGGUGAAGGAUCUGAUCGCACAAGAUGGGUGGAAAGGAUUCUAUAGGGGUUUGGGUCCAAGAUUCUUCAGCAUGUCCGCUUGGGGAACGUCCAUGAUAUUGACUUACGAAUAUCUAAAGCGUCUGUGUGCAGUAGAAGAUUAGAGAAAGCCUCACUACUGUUCGUUGGUUCUUCUCCUUAAGACUAACUCGAAUAGUACGCAUAAACCCGAUUCAAUUCUCGGUUAUUUGGGAGCUUCCGUGUUUGACAAUCGGACCAUUCUUUCAGUCUGAGUUCCGUUAUUGUAAUCAUUCUUUCAACUCUGCGUAUUUGAGUUCUUUCUUACAGCAGAAGAAAUUCUAGAUCAUGGUCUUCUGCUUUGAGUUAAGAAGCUUCACAACUUUGAAUAUAGCACUAUAAUAAUAAAAUCCCAUUUGCGAACA